CUUCCUCUUUUCUUCAGUUCAAAAUUCACCAAAUCAGAAAGAAAGCUAAAAACUGAAACCCUGAAACCCUAGCUUCUCCACCACCGACGCAGGGACCGUCGUCCGACGCUCAGGCACCACGGUCGUCGUCUGGUCGUGCGCUCUUCUUCCUCAUUCAACAAUCGCACCUUCUUCCUCGAGUUCGGCGUCAGUCCCUUGCCUUUGUCUGCUCCGUCGCGUUCCUGCCGCCGUCUGUCGCGCUCAGGCACCAACGUCUUCGUCCGGUCGUGGUGCUCGAAGUUCCAACCCACCAAUCGCAGCUUCUUCCUCGAGCUCGUUGUCUUGGAGUCUGCCCUUCGUUUGUUCAGCUGCAGCUUCUUUCAACCCACCAGCGUCUUCGAGUCGUUCUCGUCGCCUGGCCUCCGCCUCCGUCGCGCUUCUGCCCCUCUGCUCAGACUGCUCAGAAGUCAGAACGAAGGCAAUGGAAGAAUUGGACCAGUGGAAGGAACAACUUCUCCAUUGGUGGAGCCUAGCCGAAGAGCAACUUCGGCAGGUUCCCCCAUUUCAGCUCUACGCCACCGCUGCCAUCCUCGUUUUCACCACCCUGCUGCUCCUAUCAUUGCGGUUGUUGAAGCGUGCCAAGUCCAACACCGUCGUAUUGACUGGCCUAAGUGGUGCCGGCAAAACUGUUCUCUUCUAUCAGCUUAGGGAUGGCUCUAUCCAUGGGGGGACUGUUACGUCAAUGGAACCUAAUGAGGAGACUUUUGUUCUUCAUUCUGAAACAACAGAGAAGCGGAAGACAAAACCCGUUCAUGUUGUCGACGUCCCGGGACAUUCUCGUCUUCGCCCCAAAUUGGAUGAAUACUUGCCUCAAGCUGCUGGCAUAGUUUUUGUUGUUGAUGCUUUGGAUUUCUUACCAAACUGCCGUUCUGCUUCAGAGUAUCUAUAUGAUAUUUUGACCAAGGGAAGUAUUGUGAAGAAGAAGAUUCCAUUGCUUAUUCUCUGCAACAAAACAGACAAGGUCACUGCUCAUACGAAGGAGUUUAUCCGCAGGCAGAUGGAGAAGGAAAUGAUAUGCGUGCCAGAUCAGCUCACAGUUCCCGCAGGUGCACUGCUCACAGUUCCCCGGGUGCAGUGUGGAAGGACGCCACCACAUGCUCACCUGGGACAGUGUCCAAACCGCGCCAGUUUGCGAGAACCGCCCGGUUUUCAGUGGGUUUGACAGCUGUUGACCGGGUUGUUGGCCUUUCCGGUCCUAUGAGUGAAUUGAACCGGCUGAACCACCGGUUCAACGGAUUUUCGGUCGGACCGACCGGUCUGGUCUGCUUCUGAUAACUAUGAUCUAGAUACCCUCUAUGCUCAGGGGGAAAGGUUGUUGACAUCUGACCAUCUCCGCUCCCCUGAGCUCACAUGACUUGUAGCCUAGAGCAUAGAGUUGAGCUUCAGUUGACUUAUUAUAAUUUAUAUGUUUAAUAGUUUAAUAUGUGAGGGCAAAUUGUCGAUCAAUUAUCAAAUUCAUAGGAGAAUUCUAAACAAAGAUGCAUAGAUAGGAAUAACAUUGUUCUAUGAAGUAAUGUUGGUUAGGGUUUAGAGAUGAGAAUGUUGUGGUAAAGGAGAGGACAUCUGGAAAGAGGUUAGACAGGAUUAGUGUCUUAAGGAAAGAGUUGGAAUAACAUGGAGUGAAGAAAGAUGUUUGGUAAUAGAAAUUCCAAUAAAGUGCUUUUGUGAGGAGUUCCAGAGGCCUGUGAAAAGUAUAUCAGAUGGAAGAUAUCUCGAAUAACAAGGGUCAAAGCCUUAGAGGAAUACAAAUGAAAUUUUAAGAAAAACCAUUAAGAAAGACCUCAUUCUAAAUUGAUUUAUUGAAGCUAACCUUAUGGUGGUGUUUGAUUUCCAUUUCAA